AUGUCGACUGCGGAAUCGGACGAGGUGGCUCUCGAUCGUUGUCUUAAACUUAGUGUCAUGAACUGGAUGCCCUUUAUGAUCAUCGUUGGGUCGUCGCCUCCGUACCGGUUCCUUGGUUCAAUGGUUCACGUGAUGGAUAUCAUUGCCGAGCGGCUUAAUUUGUGCUACGAAUUCGUGAUUCCUGACGACUGGAUGUUUGGGACAAGACUCCCCAAUGGGUCGUGGACGGGCAUCAUGGGGCAGCUGGAGAGAGGGGAGACGGACAUGUCAGGUGUGACAAUGUCCAACGACGCAGCUCGCAACGCCGCAGUAGACUUCAGCGAACCUCUUUACAUGGACACGCAGGUCCUCUCUUACAAACGCCCGGUUUUGGAAGCAGAUAUCGCCGGAUUCAUCAAGCCGUAUGAUGCUUUGAUGUGGAUCCUGCUGGCGGCCUCCAUGCUUGUCGUUCUCGUGGCCUUCUUCUGUGUCCAUUUGAGAGAGAAUUCGUUGUCGUUCAAGCGCAACAACAAGGACAAAAAACAAACUCCUGAGCUGGACACCGAGAGAAAAGUCCUUCAGGAGCAGAAGUGGGAGUCUGUGUGGUAUUCAUUCCAGUGGACAAUAGGCUCCACGCUGGCCCAGUCUAUCCCCUGGAUGCCCCGAGGAAACGCAGUCAGGGUAAUCGCCGGCCUGUGGCUCUUCUCCGCGCUCAUCAUCGCUUCCGUGUACCGCUCGAACCUCAAGGCCAUGUUAAUUCUUCCCAAACUGAAGCUGCCUUUUGAUAGCAUGGAGGAGCUGGUGGAGACCGACAUCCCUUGUAAUGUGCCGAAGGGGAGCAUGCUGUACCAGGCGGUUUUGUACGCGCCCCCAGGAUCUCUCCUCGCCCGCCUGAAGGAUAAGCUGAUCGACACCAUUGAUAAAGAUAAGGCAAUAAAGGACCUGCUGUCAGGAGUCAAUGCCAUCUUCAUGGGCAAAAUCAUCAUUGAGUUCGUGGUGCAUCAAACCUUUUCGCAGACAAGGACCUGCCCGCUGUACAUCGCUCCCCAGACCUUCUUCGGAGCAACUAGCCUGAGCAUCGGUUUCAAGAAGGGAUCGCCACUGAAAGCCAAAGUGGAUCCUGUCCAAUUAUACCACCGUGCUCAGGAUAAAUCCAUCACAAGCAACCAUCUCUCCACGAUGCAUGUCAAUUAUGACACAUCAUUCAGAAUGUUGUGUCAGUUAACCAAUUUUACAAGCUGCAUGACAAUUAUCCUGUGUUGUGGUGGUAGUAAAUAUAUUAGUGGUUGCAGUAAUGGUACCAGUGGUGGUCGUAGCAAUGGCAGUAGUGGAAUUGAAAUUGCAACAGUGGUGAUAGUAGUUGCAUUAAUGGUGUCAGUGAUAAUGGUCGUAGUGGUGGUUAGUACUAAUAGCAGUUGUGGUAGUAGUGAUGGUGAUUAA